AUGGCGCUCUACCCAAACCAAGAUGGGGACAAACUAAUAUUUGCUCCCGCAGGCGCACCCCAAUCUUUCGAAAUCUCCAUCGUCCCAACUCAGGCGGGCCAGUUCCUCAAAACUGAGCACCUCGGUGGCCUGAAGCGGACCGACCUUUCCCCCGACGACCCCAUCCGGCAGUUCCAUGCUUGGUUCGACGAGGCAUCCCAGCCCGGCUCAGGGGUCCCACACCCAGAGUCCUGCACUCUCUCCACGGCGCAGCUUCCGUCAGGUCGUGUGUCGGCCCGCAUGGUGUACAUGAAAGAGCUCGACGCCAGGGGGUUCGUCAUCUACAGCAACUUCGACACGAGCGGCAAGGCCCGGGACUUGUUCGGGACCGAGGACGGCUCGAGCACCGGGAACCCCUGGGCGUCGCUGGUGUUCUGGUGGGAGCCGCUGGAGAGGCAGAUCCGGGUGGAAGGGAGGGUGGAGCGGCUGCCCCCUGCAGAAAGCCAGGCGUAUUUCGAUACGCGGGUGAGGGGGAGCCGCAUAGGGGCCUGGUCAAGCCGGCAGAGUGCGGUGCUACGACCAGAUGCGAACGUGGAGGGCGACGACGGCCGGACGAUGCUGGACAAUUGGGUCAAGGAGACCGAGGCUAAAUUUGAAGGUGCCGACCAUAUACCCGUUCCUGAGUUCUGGGGUGGGCUGAGGAUCGUACCUGAGCGUGUUGAGUUCUGGCAGGGGCGGCAGAGCCGGUUGCAUGACCGGUUUGUGUAUGACCGUACUAAGGGGAAGGAUGGAGGCGAUAAAUGGACACUGGAGAGGCUCAGUCCAUGA